AUGGUACGCAAAGUCCAGAUGCUCACCCUCAACACUGAGCAUAACAAAAAAACAUCACCGACAUCGCCAUCUCGCCAAUAUGUUGCUGUCAUCAAAGAUGUACAAAAAGUUUGCAGCCACGUAACCAUCCAAAGCUCUAUGAAAAAAGAUGUAAAUACAGAAACCUCUUCAACAAGAAUGAUCGCAAAAGGCGGCAACAUGGCAGUAACGCUGGGCGAAAUUGCCGCCAUGAAUUAUUGA